AGGUAUAACGUCUCAAUCCGCCACAGAGGCACCACAAAUCUUUAAUCAACUCAACAAUCGCAAAAACCCAAAACCCCAAUUUUAAAUUGCGAUUUGGACAUGGGAGAGGCACCAACAACGCCUUCCUGCACAAAAAAACAAGACUGAUCCCCUCCCAUAUAUGCUCCUCCACCUUCAAUGCUGAAGCUUCCCCUUUGGUCUCUCUCGCCGUUGAUGAUAGGCGCUUCGUCUGAAAAUGGGCGGCGGAGAACCCGAGACGGAGGAGGAUUCCCUGCCUCCUUCACUUGCUGCUCUCAAGCUCGUUGAUUCCCCGAUUCUUUUCCUCGCUGUUUUUCAUAAGGUCCUGAGAUCUGAGCUAGCUCAGCUCCGCCGCCUGGCGGUGGAGGCCGUCUCCGGGAAUGGCUCCCUUGGCCUUGACCUCGUUGACGAGCUUAGAAGGAGGUUUCAGUUCUUGAAACUAGUCUGUAAAUACCAUUGUGCUGCAGAAGAUGAGGUCAUCUUUCUUGCACUAGAUGCACAUGUGAAGAAUGUGGUUUGUACAUAUUCACUCGAACAUAGAAGCAUAGAUGAUCUGUUUGUUUCUAUCUUCCAUUACUUGGAUCUCCUGAAGAAGGAAAGUGAAAAUUUGCUCAAUUUGUUUAAAGAACUUAUAAUUUGCAUAGGUACUUUGUGGACCAUCAUGAGUCAGCAUAUGCUGAAAGAAGAAGAGCAGAUUUUUCCUUUGUUGGUGCAGCAGUUUUCUCCCAAAGAACAGGCUAAGCUUGUAUGGCAGUACCUGUGUAGUGUUCCUAUUAUUCUGCUGGAAGAAUUCCUACCGUGGCUGACUACUACAUUGUCUUCAGACCAAAAGAAUGAUUUUCUGGAAUGCAUAUCGGUCAUUGUACCUGAUGAAAAACUACUUCAAGAGGUGGUCAUCUACUGGCUUGAAAGUAACAAAAGUUGUCAUUUUGAAGCACACAAUAAAUAUGGAAAAGGCGCUCAAAUUUAUUAUGGACCAGCCAAUUUCAAGGGCAUGCUCAAACUAUAUCCUCCAAAGAUUCAUUCCUCAGAAAAUCAACUAAAAGGAACUUACUUGUGCCAACAAACUAGUACACAUGGUCCUAUUGAUGGUAUUAGUCUUUGGCAUGCUGCCAUCAGAAGAAAUUUCAAGGAAAUUUUAGCUGAGUUACAUCAAUUGCAAAACUCAAGUUCCAUUAUGUCCUUAUCAUCAUUAGUAAUCCAGUUAAAAUUUUUUGUCGACAUCCUUGCUUUCUACAGCUAUGCAUUGGAUAAGUUAUUUUACCCCUUGCUAGAAGAAAUUGCUGAGACUGGUCUGUCUCCUUUCUAUGAUCAUCUAAUCCAUGAAAGUCAAAUUGAAGGUCUGACGAAGUUGCUAUUUUCUAAACUGGAAGAGGGACUACAGAGCAAUUUUAUAGAAAUGCUUUGUCAGGAACUAGAGUCUGUUGCAGGAUUGAUCAACAAAAGAUUAAUUAUUCUUGAAAAAGAGGUUAUUUCAUUGAUUAGUGAAACCUGCAGCCAUGAAUUGCAGAUAUGGUUAUUAUAUAGCAGCUUGCAUAUGAUGCCGCUUGGGUUGUUGAAGUGUAUGGUUACCUGGUUCUCUUCUCAUUUAUCAGAGGACGAAUACAAGGCUAUUCUGAAUAAAAUAAAGAUGGGAAAUUCUGCAAUGCAUGGGCCCUUUGCAUCUUUGUUAAGUGAGUGGAUUCGGACAGGUUGCUCAGGCAAGAUCUCUAUUGAAAAGUUUGUAGAAGACUUGGAAGAACUAUUCAGUAGCAGAAGCUAUUUUUGCUCUGAACUGACCAUGGAGAAUUCCGGAAAUUCUUGUUCCCAACUGGAUAAGCAACCCUCUAACAAAUGUUCUGCUGUUCAAUUGGGUGCAAAUUCUACCAUGAAAGCCAACCACAAUGUGUGUAACACCUUGACCAUGAUUGACAAUGUGUCUUAUUCUAAUGGUAUCAGUCUGCAUAUGUUCUUCUCAGACACAUUGAAGAAGUUGGCAUCCCUUCCUGAAACUGUGGAGUGCAGCAGCUCUUGCACCUCUGUCAAUCUUGACCUUAGACCAAUGGACUGCUUCUAUCUUUUCCACAAAGCUCUUAAAAAGGAUCUGGAUUAUCUGGUCUUUCUCUCAGGUAAAUUAGGUGAAGAUGUUGGAAUUCUUACUGAUUUUGAAAGACGCUUCCGGCUAGUAAUGUUUCUAUUUCAGAACCAUAGUAAUUCAGAGGAUGAGAUUGCCUUUCCUGCACUGGAAUCAAAGGGAAAACUACAAAACAUCAGCCACUCCUAUGCAAUUGAUCAUAGGUUUGAGGCUGAGCAAUUCAAUAAAAUUUCACUUGUUCUUGAUGAGAUCUUCAAGUUGCAACUUCAAGUCGAUAAACUGGACCAGAGAAUGUUGAAAUACAGUCAGUUGUGUUUGAAGUUGCACAGCGCAUGCAUCUCCAUGUGUAAAGUACUUUCGGACCACAUGCAUCGUGAAGAAGUUGAACUUUGGCCACUGUUUAGUGAGUACUUUUCCAUCAAGGAACAAGAAAAGAUUUUGGGCCACAUGCUUGGAAAAACAAAGGCAGAAAUUCUACAAGAAAUGAUUCCUUGGCUAAUGGAAUCUUUAACAGAAGAAGAACAGCAUGCUAUGAUGUCAUUGUGGCGCAAGGCCACAAAAAACACCAAGUUUGAAGAAUGGCUUGGAGAAUGGUGGGAAGGUAUAAAGGAAUAUAGAACACCAAAGAUAGAACAGAGACCAAAUGCUUCUCAUCCUCUGGAUAUUGAUCCUCUGGAAGUUGUAUCAACAUAUUUGAUGAAAGGCAGAGUUGAGCUUCAAGAAGUCGGCAGCAACAAAGACACUGAACUGCAGAAAGAUGGAUAUAGUGAUUCUGAAAUCAACACACUUGGCUUUAUUAGUACAAAUGAAACACAAGUUUCCAAUAAAAACCAAAGUAGUUAUCAAUCUCAGGAAGUAGUUAAGCUUGCUAGUAAGAUUGAGAAGAAUAGGGACAGUAAAACAUUUGAUUGCACCACUCAAAAUAACAGAGUGAGCCACAUUGCAUCAGAAUCCCAAAAGCUGAAGGUAGAAGAUGACUCUCUAGUGAUCUCUCAAGAGGAGCUUCUAGCUGUAAUAAGAAGAGUAUCAAAUGAUUCUUCUUUGGAUUCUAAGAAGAAACAAUAUAUCAUGCAGAGCUUGCUGAUGAGUCAAUGGAUUGUCACCCAAAAGAAAUCUCAUUCAGUGGCUGUUGCUACAAAUGAAAAGGAAGAAGCACUAGGUCUAUCUCCAGCUUAUCGGGAUUCACAAAAUCUAAUUUUUGGCUGCAAGCAUUACAAGAGGAAUUGCAAACUUCUUGCUCCAUGUUGCAAUAAGUUAUAUACAUGCAUAAGGUGUCAUGAUGAGCUGACAGAUCACUCUUUGGACAGAAGAACUAUUACCGAGAUGAUGUGCAUGAAAUGCUUACUAAUUCAACCUAUUGGUCCAAAUUGUUCGACUCCAACUUGUAAGAAAUUAUUCAUGGCAAGAUACUAUUGCAGGAUCUGUAAAUUGUUUGAUGAUGCAAAGCAAAUAUAUCACUGCCCUUACUGUAAUUUGUGUCGUGUUGGGAAAGGAUUGGGCAUUGACUACUUCCAUUGUAUGAAUUGCAAUGCUUGUAUGUCACGGUCCCUUAGUGUGCAUGUAUGCAGAGAAAAGUGUUUUGAAGAUAACUGCCCAAUUUGCCAUGAGUAUAUUUUUACUUCAACCUCUCCAGUUAAAGCACUUCCGUGUGGUCAUGUGAUGCACUCUGCAUGUUUUCAGGACUACACCUGUACCCAUUACAUUUGUCCGAUCUGUAGCAAGUCGCUGGGGGACAUGCAGGUUUAUUUUAAGAUGUUGGAUACAUUAUUGGCUGAGGAGAAAAUUCCUGAGGAGUAUGCUGGCCAGACUCAGGCUAUACUGUGCAAUGACUGUGAAAAGAGAGCAUCAAAUCGUGUCACUCUUGCUAUCUUUCUUCUUACUCUGGAUGGUUUCUACAAGUUGACACUAGUGAGACUGAAACAAGCUGCUGCGCUCUUUAAUUCAUUCUCAGAAACAUGCUCAACAGAUUGUGCUAUAUCUUUCAAUGAAGAUUCCGAGCUGCAUAAAGGAGAUGAGUGGCAUCAAGCUUCAGCAUGCAAUUUCUGAAUUUGAAGCAAUUGAAUGUAAUUUGGGUGAAAAGAGUGUACCUUGAUUCAUAUGCUUCCUUGGAGUCAAUGUAGGAUUGUCUAUCGUCAAUAGUAUCGAAAAAUGGAUGUAUCUCGUCGUAAUCUUGAAUGUUUUCUUCUUCUUGUUGUAUAGUGAUGGGCUGUGCACUCCCCAUUUGUGGUUGCAUCAUCAUUGGAUUGGAAGUAUUGUUGUUA